CUGCUGAAGAACAGGCAACGGCUGCCCUGUCGCGAUUAGCUUCCAGCGAUCUUCGCCCCCGUAACGAGAGCCUCGCACUGACGUUCUGUCAUUUUUCUGCGCGUCCACGUCGUUCCUUGCCGUGUACCAUAGUUCAGUGACGACUAAGAGAGCAAUUAAAAAAAGAGGAAGAAAGAAAUCGUUCACGCUGCAAGAUUUUACGGUGUAUUCGGUACGAGUGUUUCGUCCGCCAAUAUUCUGUAAUUAUUGCGAGCUAAAUCUAAGAUUACGAAGAUAUAGAAGAAGGGAGGAGAAUCGAAGAAAAAUCGGAAGAAACAGGGAAUUGGAGAUAUUGAAAGAGGAAAUAGGACAAAGAUGAAGAGAUGUAACGUAAUGAAGCAAUGAAAGAUUAGAAUACAACGUAACGAGAGAUUUAAAAGUAGCAAAGGAAAGAGAAGUGGAGAAAGAAGAGCAGAGGGAAGAAGAGAAGAGAUACGAGAGGAUUUAGAAUGGGGAAAAUGCGAGCUUUGCUGAUGAUAAUCGGCAUUAUCUACGCGUGUACCUGUGGCGGGCGUACGGAAUGUGGAAAUCACGCGCAGAUUUCGCUGCUGACAAGCAUCCACGAUGAUGCGUCCUGCAGGAAGCUAUCCGCUAGAGGUGUACUGCUGUACGAAGCGGCGAAGCUACUCGCAGAGAUUCACAAUAACAAGACAGCUGGCUACGAUGUCGAAGUGACUGUUGUGGACACGUGCGGUAGCAUAACCGGCGCUCUGAAAGCAGCGAUGAAGGCUCUCGUGGGGGCAGACACGAGCUGUUUGCAACCGCCCUACUACUUAGGAAUUAUCGGGCCAGACACUGCGACAAAUGCGGAAGCCGUACACAAGAUAACGUCAGUGCUGAAAGUGCCGCACAUCGUGAGACGAGAAUCGAAUUCUCCGUACCUUCAUCAUUUAAUGAAGGAAUCCGAUUCUUAUCUAGUCCAGGGCACCUUGAAGGUCGUGGAAGAGCUGAAGUGGAAAUCAUUCACGUUGGUGGUGAACGCGGAUGAAGAUGGCGAAGAUGAUGCUCAAAACAUUGCGAAAAAACUGACAAUAGCAGCCAUUAAGAAGGGUCUGUGCGUUUUGAUCGAUGACGGCGAUCAAGAUGACUUGACCUCACACAUCGUGCAUAUUGGAACGCCGCAAGACGAAUUCUUCAGCAAACCGGUGAACGCGACCGUUCUGAUCGUCAGCGAAGGGCGCCUCGAAGAACACCUGAAGCACGUCAACUCGACAAACGCUAUACUGCUUCUAGAAGACUCCAGGAACGAAUUCCCAGGAUUAGAAGCAAGGGUAGAGAAGUCGAAAUGGUGGUCGAGCAAAGAUAGCGGAAAAUACGACUCGGAGGAACUGAGGGAAGUUAGAUGGCUUGAGGACGCGAUAAAGGUGUAUGCGAAAGCGUUAGACACGCUGUGCAAGAAGAAGAAGUGCAAGAGCCAAGUGAACGCCGUCGAUUGGAACAACGUUGUGUCGAACGUAAUCGCGGGUCACGCGAAGGAAUCGCAAUCAGGUGCUGCUUCUCUUGAGCUGUCGAUGAAAGUAAAGGCCUCGGAUCUACAGACAAUAGGCACGAUCGUCGUCAGCAAGAACAAGGUAAAAUUACAUUGGGGCGACGACGAUGACAACGAUGGCGACAAAGACGACGAUGAUGAAAAGGAUGAUGAUAAGGAUGACGAUAACGAGGAUGAUGAGGAUGUAAUGCCUAAAGCGUUCAAGAAGUUGAUCAGUAAGGAAAAAGGGAUGAAGACUGGCUGUGCUACCACACCGAAGGAGAUCAAGAUGUUGCACGAGAGCGACGACGAGACUGCUCAGGUUCUCGUUUCUGAGAUAGAUAACACCGAGUGGUGGACUAUGGUUGGCACGGUAAGCGGCGUCGGUGUGGCCAUGUUCGUGGUCGGGAUCCUAGCCGUUUACGUGGUCUACACAAAUAUUCGUGGUCCAGUGCCACCGAAAAACGCUCGUAUCGAAAGAGACACUAGUCUGAGAAGAGUUGGUAGCGACAGGGAACCACCUGUCCGUACCCAAAGACACCAACGUACGUUGCAGAGGAGGGACAGUAACAGAAGCACCAUUUCAGAGAAAAGCGUCUGACGGGAUUUUUCAAUGGCAGGCAAUCUCAAGAACUAAAGCUAGUCACACACUUAAACGAAUCGAAUAUUUCGAUUACGCGAUAUCUUUUUAGUUUUGAUUGAUCUUAAGUCGUCUCUAAUCGGUUUGAAUCGGUUUGAAUCGGAUUGAAUCGGAUUGAAUUAUUUUAGAUUUUAUUGAAUUAUUUUAGAAAUUAUUGAAUUAUUUUAGAAAUGAUUUACAGUGCUGCGAGUGAUUAUAGACUCAAACACAUUGUUCAUACUUUCUUCAUUAUUUCUUCAAUGUCUACAAGAAACCACUGAUCAUAUCUGGAUAUGUUCAAUGAAAUUGUUUUUGUAACAGGUCGAUUAAACGCUAUAGAAUAUUAAGAGAUGUUUCAUGACGAAAUUUCAUAACCGAAAUAGCAAACAAGGAGACAAUUCUUCAACAAUACAAUGCUCCCACUUAUACAGCCGCCACUACAAAAAAUUGUUUUCCAGAUUUUGGAAUAGAAUUAUUACCAUGGCCAGCAUUGAGCCUUGAUCUGAACCCUAUCAAGAACCUGUGGAAACUCUGACAAGUAUGGCCGGUUAUUCAAAACGAAGCUUGAAAUAAGUUAAUGGAUAACAGAAGUAAUAGAAAAUAAAGAGAAAUCCACUAAACAUUGAAUGAGAACGUAACAAAGUUAACAUCAAGUUUAUAUUUUUUCAUAACCAAAAACGUAAUUUUAAAGGAAAGGAAAUUUGUUUAAUUUUCUACAGGUUUCUAAAGAAGAAAGAUUUUACAUGUCGUAUCUCCAGUUUUAUAUUAUAUGACAAUAUGAAAUUAUAUAAAAGACUUUAUCAAUUUUUGUUUUAAUAUUAUGAAAAAUCUAAAAAUUGGCUUGAGCUUAUAAUUAUUCACGGCACUGUACGUUAACACAGCUAAUACAUUUAGUAUGAUGUCGAUAUAUGCAUCGAAGUGGAAGAAGCUCUUCAGUGACGAUGUCGAUACGUGUGGACAAUACUUUUUUUUUUUAUUUCUCAGGAAUCUGACGCGUGUUGCAGUCACUUUUUAAAUGAAAAAAGUUGUUUUUAGUACUUUUCAAUACGGAAUAUAGGAAUCGACUUCAUAAAUCGAAAUCUUCUCCAUUUAACGUGUUAAGGUAGAUUUAGGAUUAACAAACUUGUCUCGAUUCUUCUUGAUUUGAAGUGAUUUGUUCGAUUAAAUCGAUUUAAGUCUGAUUUGUUCAAUUGAAUUUCGAUCGAUUCUCUAUUCGAUUGAUUUGUGUGAGAUUCGGAAUCGUUUGACAACAGUCGUCAUUUCCAUUUGCAACCGAUGCAAACCAACUCAAACGGUUCACUCAGUUCAAAUACAUUUAAAUCGGUCCAAAUUCGUUCGAAUCGACCAAAAUGCCUUCAAUUUCCGAUCUAGUCACUUUCAAUUUAGUUUCACUCGUUGGAAAAAGAUUCAAUUUCGAUUGGAACAAGUGUACGACUGGCUGGCCCUCAAUUCAACCUAGCGCGUCACAUUUCGCGGAAACUUUCAACAAGCAACCUCAAUCUCCAUCGAAUCGAUGGAAAACCUCAAUUAUCAGCAAAAUGCCAACAAAUUGUCUGUUUGCUUUUACCUCCUUGUCUCUCUCUUCCUCUCUCUCUCUCUCUCUCUCUCUCUCUCUCUCUAUUUCGAAAGAAAAAUGGAAUGAGUACACACUGAGAAUACUUUCUUACAAAAGCAUAGUUUAUCCUUUAAUCCUCUUACUGCAAAAUUACUGGAAAUCGUUGAAAAAUCGCUAUGUUGGCAUAUAUAGAAACGAGUUUAAACCAUUAUUCGGUGUCUUUAGACUAACUCCAAGAAAAAAAAGAGAAAAAACGAGAAAAAGCUAAAAAAAUAUUAGACGAAAAUGUUAAAAAUAUUAAUUGACAAAUAAUAUCAACUAAAGUACUCAUAUCAACCAGAAACUAAACUUUAGUUACUAGGCUCUAGUCACUAGGCUCUAGUUACUAGACUGCGGUAUAGGGCAUAUAGGCCCUGUAACGAACCUCCCUUCUGGGUAGCCCCUUUUUCAUUAAACCUGCCCUAUUUGCGUAGCUACUAUUUCCUUCAUUUUUCAACAUUUAUCAACGAUACAAAAAUUAACUGAGUCUCCGCAGGGUAAAGUAACAUAAUAUAGUUGUAAAUCAUAAAUCGCCCAAUUAGUGCGAAAAAUUUAACGAUUGUAACGAUUUGUUGUACGGGGCUUAUUUGUCACGUACCGCUGAGACUGGAACAACGCUCCCCGUUAUCAACAGAUGGCCACUUAAUUAUAUUGUAGUAUAUUUCAUAAAUCUGUCAAAUAUGGAAGUGCAAUACGAAACAUAUGUUGAAAGAAGUGCGGAAUUACGGAAAGGACAAUAUGGUCGUUCGAUCAAAAUUGCUACGAGUCACUGUUGCCCCGUAUCGUCAAAUACGAAAAUGCAUUACGUAUUUGUCCCGCACCGCGAAAUACGAUAAUCUUUUAAAAAAGUGAACGUCACAGUAAACGUGUUAAGUGUCUGAACACUUUAAACGAUUUGUAGCAAUAAUAAACGAAUAUUAUUAAAAUACAUGAAUUAACGAUAAACAUUACCAAGAAAUACUAGUACCAUCUUUGUCAUUAUUUUCGAUGUUAUACUGAUAAAAAGACUAUAUAAACGAAGAACACAAGUGUCAAGUAACUAGAGUAUUAUUAUUCUUAUUAUAGGUAUUUGAAUCAUCAAAAUAAAGACUAGUACUAUACAUCUUCGAUACAGGUAUCAGAGAAGUAUGCAUGAAUGAAAGGAACUGUUAUAGAAAUAAUGAAUUUAAUAUAUGUAAGUAAAAACGAUUGCUCUUAUUACUUAUCACAAAAUUGUUAAGUUUUCUCCUGAGAACUGCUGACUGCUAAUAAAUUAUUAUGCUCAUACGCAGCAGUUGCUUACAAUUUAAUAAAUUUCAAACUUUAGGGGAACGAUGUUUCAUAGUGCUUAAUAGUUCCGUUUGGAUUUCACCACAGAGUCCUGUGUAAAUUUACAUUCACGAUGGCAAUAUGACUUGUAUGUAAACGCUCGAAAGAAUAUUUCAAUUUUAACAUCCUACGAUUACGGAAAUUUCUGUAUAAGCAUAUGAAUACGAAGCACAUAUGUGAGAAAUAAUACAAGCUUAAUGGUACCUGCCGUGAGAAUCGAUGCAAUUACCGUUGAGGCUCAAUGAAGUCAUCUCUUCAAGGAAGAAGUUCCUCGAAUCUUUGAAAUAUUUCAACAAUUGUAUCCUGUACUAUCAAACAAAUAGGAAAGCAUUAAAAAGUUCUGAUAAGAA